AUGCUUUUACUGACUGCCUGCGUGUCACUCGCAACAGAAGUCGGAGCUUCUCGGACCUUCGACUCUGAUGGAAGCGUAAACUUGACCAGGGGAGCAACCGUAGACAUGCCCUCGAACUCAGUCACCGAGACGUGCGCGCCAGUCUUCGACACAGAACCGCAGAAGAUCAAAGAUCACAUUCUUGUGUACAGCUCUCAUGGCAAGGAUCCCACUAGCUUAUGGUCGUUCUCGAGCCAAACGGGGAUCAAAUCAAGCUCUUCCAGGGGAUCCGACAAAGGGAUCGUCAGAGAAUAUUCUGCCGGUGAAUGCAGUUACAAGUGCCUUGUGCCUUCUGGACACAGUGGAUUUCGUUGCAGUCUGCUUCUAUCAACAGAGGUUACGGCCUUGUUGCUUCGAUUCAUGAUCCUCUCUCCCCUCCUCAACAACAUGCAUCGGAUCUGCCUCCCCCUCGCGAUCCAGACUGAUGUCUGGGUGAACGUCGUGAUUGACCUCGAGGGUUUGAUCCAACAGUACCAUCCUUCCCUCACCUUCAGAGGCCUUGAGAGAAUCGAGCUUGAGACCGCCUGUCGUAUCCGGAAGAUCUUCACGUUGCUUGUUAGACCAAGUGAGAGCAGCUUUACGAAGCCGGAGAGAAGCUCGAUGAGCAGGGAGAGAGGGAAGAAGGGAGCAUGGAGGGCGAGCAUCGAGAAGGCGUCGUCGAGUGACAAGAGGGAACAGGAGGAGAUAGCAGAGGAACUUCUCUUCCCUGCUACCUGCCAGCACACGACGCUCUUCAUCUGCCAACAUCCAGAGGGCACGGCACUCGGAAAGGAUGGCAGGGAGAUGGCAAAAGCGUCAAGCUGUUCAAGUGAGGACAGCAUCGGAAGAUCAGGAAUGUUCGACGAGUUCGAUACCCCUGUCAUAGACGAGGAUAGGAUCGAGGAGAAGGGGUAUGACGACGGAAAGAAGCCGGAGGACGACAGGAAAGAACAAGAGUUGAAUGACCCGGACAUAAAUGAGAAGAAUGUUGCGAGGUUGCACAGAGACAACGUCAAACUGUUCGCGUCCAAACUGCGAGCGGACGCAAAGCUACAGUCGCUCAUGUCGGAGUACGACGAGCUGAAGAAAGAUCAGAUUCCGCAUCGAGAAGUGAACGAUUACAAAGUCCGGAGGAUGAACGAGCAGAUCGCUCUCCUGCAUGUUGAGAUGUCCAACCUCAAGUCGCGGGUCGAAUCUGAGCACACAAGGAGCAAGCAGUUGGAGCUUGAGCUGGAGCGAGAAAGGGCUAUCAACAUUGAUCAAAGAUUGGAGAUCCGAGAAAUUCAAGCAAUCCUUCUACAAGAGCGGAGGAAAAUGAAAUUGCUCACAAAGGACAACCAGAUUCUGAACUCGCUGCUCAAGGAUGGAGAGGAGAGCUUGAGGAGGCACCAGGAGACUUUCAAGACCAACACAGCAGAGCUGACUCAAAACUUCUUUGUGGGGAUGCAGUUGUGGGAUGUUGACAUUCACACGUUCAAGUUGUCCAAGGAGAUAAUGCAUGCGUCGCAAUCCCUGGCCGAGGAGAACGGCGAGCUCUGUCAGAAGAUUGAAAGACAGCACAAGGAGCUUGAAUGCGAACAGACGAUGAGGGAAUACCAACACAAAGAGCACGCGGCGCAAGCGAGAGAGUGGGCUAAGGAGCUUGCAGAUCUCAAGGCUGAGAUAAGAAAGAAGGAUGCCCAGAUUGCAAAGCUAACAGCUAUCAACAUAGAAACUGAGUCUGUUCGACUUAAGAAUCAAUCUUACGAGAAAGAGCGAGCUCUCUUGCUUGAAAGAGAGUGCAGGAAAGGUUUACCGGAGUGA